UAUCAGUGCUCUUCAAAUGCUUAUGUGUUAUAUAACUUUGGUAUUUGAUUGAAUACAUCGGGUAUCAAAGUUACCUUUUUAUAUAUAAAUUUUUUAUAGUUUAGUGAAUGUACAACAAUAACUAUAACAGUAAACAUAGAUCAAUCACCUAGAUCGUUUUGUUUUGUCAUUUAUCGUACUGGCAMUUGGUAUAGUUGGCUCAUCUAUAGCCACACAGCAUUUUUAACAACAAUCAUAAUAUAAUUCAAGUUAAAUAAACUAUUAUAAAAAGAUUUAYAGCGACUUAAACAACAACAAUGAACAUCAAACUACAGUCAAUUGUUUUGCUAGUAUUGGURGCCAUUCAUUGCAUAACCAGUGCAUCGAUCGGUUACGGCCUAUACGAUACUAGUGACGAGUCCGGGGGCGCCGAUCGUAAUAAGAUUCACCCACUGUUUGGGCCAUACGGUAGACACCAUUUCAAUACUGCAGAGUAUCGUACGAUUCCCAAAAAGACCAAACGUUCGCGUGUAUUUAUAUGGAAGCACCGGGAUCAUUCAGCAGCCGAGGAGGCCAAAAAGUAUCUGGGUCUAUUAGCUGCCCAAUACGAGCACAGUCCCGGCAGAUAAAACUUGUUUUAUCUACAAUGGGAUGGUAUUCACAUAAUUCACACAAUAAUAAUAAU